CUUGUUUAAACGCCACUUUGUUUAGUUGCCUCCCUUAUUUUCCAAUUUGAAUCAAGCAAAAAAACAACAGAAUUCAUUGAUGCUGUUUAUUAUCCAACUCAGAAAACUGUCGGCCCUUUUAUUAACAGCACAGCUCCAUCCGCAAUGGCGUGCUCUUCACUCCUGUUUCUCAAACUUUUGCAAAACACAUAAAUAUUUUUCCCUCUAUUUUUCUCCUUCUUGUCCUCCAGCUACUACUAUCCACGCCAACAUUUAUUACGACAAACAUUAUCCUCACUAUUACAAGCUAAAAACAUCUCUAGAACCAUCAUUUUAACGACCUUCCGAAACAAACAUGCGCCUUAUCUGUGUCAGCAUUGCUACACUGGCGCUGACACUGGCCCUGCCACCGCAGUUUGCUCCCCGCUAUAACCGCAGGGCUAAUGAUCUUGAAGCGGCAAUUUACGACGAGCUUGUUGACGCUUUCGCCCUGGACCCAGUUAUUUCUGCGGCUCUUGAUGGUAACGUUGACAUUGCCGGUGGUGAUGUUGCUGGUAUUACCGAUAACAUUGCAGAUAUCAAUGCAAUGACUCCGGCUGCAGUGCUUCCUCAAGCAGCAACCGCCAAUGCUCUGCCCGCGUUAACUGCUAGUACAAUGUAUCCAGUUGCACCAGCACCUCUGCCCGCUGCAGCACCAGCACCAGCACCUUUGCCCGCUGCAGCACCAGCACCUUUGCCCGCUGCAGCACCAGCACCUUUGCCCGCUGCAGCACCAGCACCUUUGCCCGCUGCAGCACCAGCACCUUUGCCCGCUGCAGCACCAGCACCAGCACCAGCACCGGCCCCAAUUUACGACCAAGCUAUUGCAGCAGUCAGUUAUGCAUUGGCUCCAACUGUUGCACCAACUGUUGAACCUGUUGCUGAGCCUAUGCCAGUACCAGUGGCUGCACCUGUAGCUGAUUCAGUACCUGCGCCAGUAUAUUUACCCGCACUGGCUUCUGCAGUGGUCCCUGCACCAGUGGCUGCACCUCUACCAGUACCAGUGGCUGAACCUGUACCAGUACCAGUGGUUGCACCUGUACCAAUUGUUGCGCCAGUGACUGAUACUAUUGUUACUUCAGUUUCUGCUCCUGCACAAGCACCUGUACCCGUAACUGAACCUGUAUAUGCACUCACACCUGCACCUGUCCCUAUUCCUGCACCCGUUCCUGAACCUGCUUCUGCACCAGUACCUGCCCCAAUUUACACUGCCCCUCCUUUUUCUUAUGACCUGGCACUCACCGAGGCCAGCAGUACCAACCAGGUUGUGGCUCAACCAGCACCGGUGCUUCCUGUUCCUCCGAAAACGCAUACAUCUUACUUACCCUCGCUAAAUAUGCCUGCAUUUCCCGCAAUUCCUGCCAUUGUGUCUCCUGUUAUGCCCAAGCACCCACAAGUAGAUGCUCAGAGGCUGUUCAAUGGAAGUGUAGCACCCAUAAUUUUGAAUUCUGGUCAAUACACUGCACCAGCUCAACCAGCUACCUUUAUUGCUGGACCCACCGCACAGUCGGUAUUGUUACCUCCGACGGUGCCCGCAGAGCAGUACGUUCAGGCGGUGCCCGUAUCCCCCGCAGCACAGUACACAUUGGCAGCGCCUGUUGCCCCCGUGGCAAAUGUUCUGCCCGCCCCUCUAGCUGAGCCCGCUGUAGGUGAUAUUGCGAAUGCCAAUGGUGGUGCAUUCAAUCCACUCGGAGGUCUUUUUAAGGGGCUCUCAGAUGGACUCAGCAGCUUGUUCGGCGGGCUUGGUAGCCUUGUCACGUUCUAG